AUGACGGUCGACUCGUUGAAGCCGUAUGCCAAAGACAGCGCCAGUCUCAGUGGUAGCUGGACACUCCCCCUGUCUACCCCGCGCGCCGAAUGGAUGCGCGGCGGUCUAGUCAGCGUAAACUGGGACAUUGAGGAGAUGGAGGCGCACAAGGAUCAGAUUGUUCGCGACAAUCUGCUCAGCCGGGCCUUUAUGAACGCCAAGCUCGGGAAGGACAGGCAUCCGUGGGCGUGA